UGAAGGGGAGCGAGCGAGGGGGAGCAAGAAGCAUGGGGAUGCAUACUGAUGAGUGUAGGAGUACUUGAUAAAAAGAAUUCUUGCUGCUGGCAGUGCAUUGCUCAUUGUGGAGUAUUCCAACAAUCGCAUAUAACGGAGAACAGCUUAGCUGACAGCUUGAUAUGCUUUUUUUUUUCCUCCCUACUGUAUGACGUACUGGUCUGUAGUAAAGAUUAAUAACUAAGAAAUGUAGAGCUGCGAUCAGAUCUUACGCUAUAUACUGCCCUGAAAACUAUGUUUUACUUCUGACUUUUCUGCUUGCUGGAAACAUUAAUCUGUCAAGCUGGCGGGCUCGUUUGAUACCAACUUUUCCAGGAACACGAUGUGGCAAUGCCACCUCUCAGCCCAGGACUACCGCUAUUAUCCGGUGGAUGGUUAUUCGUUGCUUAAACGCCUCCCUCUUCACCCUCCUACAGGACCCCGAUGCCCUGUCCAGACAGUGGGACAAUGGUUGGAAAAUAUUGGGCUACCUCAGUAUGAAAACCACUUGCUGGCUAAUGGAUUUGACAAUGUGCAAUUUAUGGGAAGCAACGUGAUGGAGGACCAGGAUCUCUUGGAAAUAGGAAUCCUUAAUUCUGGGCACAGACAGAGAAUACUCCAAGCAAUCCAGCUUCUCCCAAAGAUGAAGCAGAUCGGUCACGAUGGCUACAACCCCACCUCUGUAGCUGAAUGGCUGGAUUCCAUUGAACUGGGUGACUAUACCAAAUCCUUUCUAAUUAAUGGCUAUACAUCGAUGGACCUUGUGAAAAAAAUCUGGGAGAUUGAGUUAAUUAAUGUCUUAAAAAUUAGCUUGAUUGGCCACCGGAAGCGCGUUCUGGCGUCUUUGGGAGACAGGCUUCACGAAGAUCCUCCUCAGAAACCACCUCGGUCAAUAACCCUCAGGGAACCCAGCGGUAACCACACUCCUCCUCAGUUGUCUCCAUCACUUAGCCAAAGCACUUUCACUACUGGUGGCUCCCUGGACGUUCCCCACAUUAUCAUGCAGGGCGAUGCAAGGAGAAGAAGAAAUGAAAACUAUUUUGAUGAUAUUCCCCGGUCAAAGCUGGAGAGGCAGAUGGCACAGCAGUCUUCGGUCUGUGAGAUCUGGACCAACCAGAAUGCAGGAUAUCCUUUCUCAUCGAUUCAUCAGGUUCAUAAUACAGGAGACUGGGGAGAGCCUUCAAUUACCUUGCGACCUCCAAAUGAAGCCACAGCAUCAACGCCUGUACAAUAUUGGCAACAUCAUCCAGAGAAACUCAUCUUCCAGUCAUGUGAUUAUAAAGCAUUUUAUUUAGGUUCUAUGCUGGUAAAAGAGUUAAGAGGCACAGAGUCAACACAGGAUGCAUGUGCAAAGAUGAGGAAGUCUACAGAACAAAUGAAAAAAGUACCAACCAUUGUCCUGUCUGUUUCUUACAAAGGAGUCAAAUUUAUUGAUGCCACAAAUAAGAAUAUCAUUGCUGAACAUGAAAUCCGUAACAUUUCCUGUGCUGCACAAGACCCCGAAGACCUUUCUACAUUUGCGUACAUCACUAAAGACUUGAAGACUAAUCACCACUACUGCCAUGUAUUCACUGCAUUUGAUGUGAAUUUAGCUUAUGAAAUCAUUCUUACCCUAGGACAAGCAUUUGAAGUGGCCUAUCAGCUUGCACUACAAGCACGAAAAGGGGGCCAUUCUUCAACCCUCCCAGAAAGCUUUGAAAACAAACCCUCUAAACCUAUUCCCAAACCACGUGUUAGUAUUCGGAAGUCAGUGCAGAUAGAUCCAUCCGAACAAAAGACUCUUGCGAAUCUACCGUGGAUUGUUGAACCCGGACAAGAGGCCAAAAGAGGCAUUAAUACCAACACUGACAGAAGAAUGACACUAUAUGAAGACUUUUAAAAUUACAGUCCACAAGAGGAGUGAGAAACCUUAUUUUUCACGCAGUUCUCCCUUGUGACUCUGCCACAGUGCUUUCUUUGAUUUCUUAUUUUAGGAUUCUACUUUUUAAAGAAAAAAAAACAAAAGGUCUCUAAACUAAUACUAAUGCUGCCUAUGAGUAGAGUAUUUGAUUGGGUUUUUUAUUUGAAUCCUGGCAGUUUUUAAUUGAAAUAGAACCAGAAUUAAUAAAUAGAUUAUUUGUGAAACCACUGAAUUCAUUAAUAAUUACUGUGUUGAAUAAGGAACUCAUUAAAGUGACAAGAAAUUAGGUACCCUGAUUUCUGUGUGCGCUGAUUUUAUAUGUAAAAAUUGAUGUCCUUUGAUCCUCUACAGAAAUAAGAACCUCUUGCAUUGUAGCAAAGGAUCAGAGUUUUAUGAAUUGAUAGAAAAAGGUAUUAAUAAUGCACAGAAAACAUUUAUUAGAUAUUUUUAUGGAAGAGAAGUACUAUAGGAAAACAUAUGAAUAUUUAUGGAAGGAAGCCAGAUUAAUUAUGAGAAAUAUUGUUUAUUUUAAAGUUAAGUAAACGACUGCUAUUGCAGCAUUAUGAAAAUUGUAAGACUUGUAGCAUCAGUGCACUGGAUGUUCCGUGUAAUCAGUCUGGAAUGAAAGUGGAAUGGUCAUUCUACUACACCUACAUAUAGUUUAUGCAGUUCAACAUUGCUAUAGCCAUGAAUUCUACUAAUAUUUUUAAAAAAUAAUCUCAGUGGUUCUAAAAAAAAAGUCAAAACCAUGGAUUUUGCUAUCAAGAUUUCUGUCACAGAAAACUUGUUUGAAAGAGUGUUGAUAAAAUUCUAUUGCAAAACAUUUUCUAAAUAAAAAUAUUGAGAAAAAGAAAAAAUUCCAAAGUAAUAAAAAUGUUUUCAUGGAACAAAAGUUAAGCAUUUGCUUAAUAUUUGAUUAAAUAAGAUUUACUUACUUUUUCUUUGAAGUGUUUUAAUUUUUUUAAUGUCUGUGGAGUAUUUGUAUAAUACCAUGAUGUAUAUUUAUGUAGAACUGAAAUUAUAACAGUACAAAUAUCAUUAUAGGAGAAAAAUGACAUUUUAACGUAUAUUGUUCUAUCCAGUCAAAUUGUGAAUCAUUUUGAAGUUCAUUAUAGAGAUAUUGAAAAAUUGUGUGGUUGUCUUAAUGUUUUUUUAAUUAUUAUUUCAUAUCCAGCUGAGGUUUUUCAGUUAGAAUCAUCAGUUGGUAUAUUCCAAAAAAUGGAUAAUUGAACUUGGUUUAAACCUGAUAAUUGUAUAUGGUUUAGUUACACCUAAUCAUAGCGCUGAGUGAUGACAUACUUUUAAUACAGUAUUCAAUUUACUUGAACAAAAUAGUUCCUUGUACAUAUUUUUGCCUAUUCACUGUUGAUAUGUACUUAGUCAACUGACAGUAAAAAAAAUAACACUAAAAAUAUGGUACCAAAAGGAAAAUUGUAUAGGAGAACAGUAAAUAGUAGCCUCACUGCAACAAAGACUUAUGUAAAUAUGCUUGGGCUUCCAGUUAUAAAUUUUGUAAUUUUGUCAUUUAUUUAUAUCCUAUAAAAGCACACAAAAUAAAAUGAAGUUGUACAGUC